GCCAGGUGGGGCCCAGGAGCUGCCCCGGUAGGCGACGCCGGCGCCAGGGCGGCCCGGCCAUGCUGCUAGAGGUGCAGGACGCGCUGUACGUGGCGCUGGAGCUGGCGGUCGCCGCGCUGUCGGUGGCGGGCAACAUGCUGGUGUGCGCCGCGGUGGGCACGUCCAGCACGCUGCAGACGCCCACCAACUACUUCCUGGUGUCCCUGGCGGCGGCCGACGUCGCCGUGGGGCUGUUUGCCAUCCCCUUCGCGAUCACCAUCAGCUUGGGCUUCUGCACUGACUUCCACAGCUGCCUCUUCCUCGCCUGCUUCGUGCUCGUGCUCACGCAGAGCUCCAUCUUCAGCCUUCUGGCCGUGGCCGUCGACAGGUACCUGGCCGUCUGCGUCCCGCUCAGGUAUAAAAGUUUGGUCACUGGGACCCGAGCAAGAGGGGUCAUUGCUGUCCUCUGGGUCCUUGCCUUUGGCAUUGGACUGACUCCAUUCCUGGGGUGGAACAGUAAAGACAGUGUCACCAACAACUGCACAGAGCCCUGGGAUGGAACCAUGAAUGAAAGCUGCUGCCCUGUGAAGUGCCUCUUUGAGAAUGUGGUCCCCAUGAGCUACAUGGUAUAUUUCAAUUUCUUUGGGUGUGUCCUGCCCCCACUGCUCAUAAUGCUGGUGAUCUACAUCAAGAUCUUCAUGGUGGCCUGCAGACAGCUUCAGCGCACGGAGCUGAUGGACCACUCAAGGACCACCCUCCAGCGGGAGAUCCAAGCAGCCAAGUCGCUGGCCAUGAUCGUGGGGAUUUUUGCUAUGUGCUGGCUACCGGUACAUGCCAUCAACUGUGUCACUCUUUUUCAGCCAGCUCGGGCUAAAAAUAAGCCCAAGUGGGCAAUGAAUAUGGCCAUUCUCCUGUCACAUGCCAAUUCGGUUGUUAAUCCCAUUGUCUAUGCUUACCGGAACCAAGACUUCCGCUAUACUUUUCACAAAAUCAUCUCCAGGUAUGUUCUGUGCCAGACAGUUGUCAAGAGUGGGAAUGGGCAGGCGGGGACACAGCCUGCUUUCAGCGUGGGCCUGUGACCUGGGCUCUGGUCUCUUCAAGGAGAAGGUACAAAUUCAUAACACACAAAGAAGCAGGGCAUGACUAACUGAUCCUCACUGUGGAAGACAGCUACACCUCACAAGCAUGUGGGCUGCCUCUUCUGAGCACUUCCCUGGAGUUACCACAUAUCUCACUAAAAUGUAUGUGUUAUUAGUAGGCUCCAAGGAUUGACAAAUAUAUUUAUGGUCUAUUUGGCUGCUCUUACUGUGCGGAUGAUGCUGACAACUUGAAUGGAUUCUAAACUGUUUUGUUUUUAAAAGUCUGCCUUGUUUAUGGUAGAAAAUGACAAACUAUUUUACUGUGAAACACUGUGAACUAUUACAAUGCGAAUUUUUUUUAACUUAGAGGCAAUGGAAAAAUAAAAGGUGGCUGUACUAAAAAA